CUAUUGAGGAAUAAGAGGAGAUAUGAAGUUUAUAUUGACGUUUCAUGCAGAUCGGGUUACCCAAUGUUGGCAAAUCAACUUUCUUUAACAUAGUAACAAAGGUGGGCUCCCGCGCCGGCCACUCCAGGCUCGCGGUGAAGAAGAGCAAGGCCGAGAAAGAGCCCAACAAGACCAAGCACCCUCGAGUGCCUUCUUCAUCUUCAUGUGAGUCCCAGUCUUGGUUCCUGGUUCUAUUCAUGUUGCUUAUGUGGAACAACUUCAUGAAGGAGUACAAGGAGAAGCACCCUGACGUCAAGCAGGUCUCCGUGAUAUGCAAGGCCGGUGGUGAGAAGUGGAAGUCCAUGAGUGAUGUUCUGGAGAACGAAAAGCAUGCAGGUGCUCUGCUCUUGCACACUGUACGGUCGAGUCGGGGGUGUCACAUUUUUGAGGCGACCGGUGUGAUGGCAGCUGUGUACGACGGCGACCACGAGCCAUCAGUUAAUAGUAUUUGGCUUCUACGUGAUGGUCUGGGACUAAUUUAUGGUGAUGUGAAUAUACUUUGUGAUUUAAAGUUACUAAUCUGUGGUCUGGUGUCAUAUUAUGGUCUAAUAUUUUUUGUUUUGACUCUUUCUCCGGUGCGAGGAAAGCUGUGAGUAGACGUCAAUGAUGCCUACUGGCUUGGCUGCUACCGUGAUGCAUGCGCCGGUCAAGCAAGCACACAUGCAUAUACGUACAUGUCAGGAUACAUACAUGUGUAAAUGUAUUUCUGGGAUGAUUUUGUUGUGUUAUGUAAACCUUGGAGAUGUGUUAUGUGAUGUGAUAUGAUGGAUGAUUUGAA